AUGUCAACAACAGCCUCUCAACCAAACGGCGUGCCACCGGCAUCCGGCAGCCAACAGACCCAAACCACAAACGCAUUCAGCUCCCAGCAAUCAUCAUCACAACAAGUACCGGCCGCCGGCCAACCAUCACAACCCGCCGGAGCCGGCGGCGCCUCUCAAUCACAGCAGCCGCAGGCCGACAGCACGCCUGCCCCGCGGCCGCGCGACGCCCGCACCAUCGAGCUCCUGCUGACGGCGCAGGGCGUGACGGCGUUUGAGCCACGGGUGCCCCUCCUCCUCCUCGAUUUCGCCUACCGGCACACGGCCGCCGUGCUGUCGGACGCGCUGCACCUGGCUGGCGAUCCCUACACGACACACGCUGGCGCCAAACCGUCGGCCGCGCAGAACGCCACGGCCAGCGCCCCGAGCGGCGGCGACGCCAGCGUCUCAGCCUCGUCCAUCCAGGUCGCCAUCGCCAGCAGGCUGGCCUUCCAGUUCCGCGGCGGCGGGAGCACCUCCAAGGAGUUCCUGCUCGAGAUGGCCCGCGAGCGCAACAAGGCCGCCCUGCCGCGCAUAAUGCCGCACGAGUGGGGCGUCAGGCUGCCCAGCGAGCGGUUCGUGCUGAGCGGCAACGCCUGGGGGUUGACGGAUACGUGGGGGCCGGGCGAGGCUGGGAUUGAUGACGAUGAUGACGACGACUCAGAGGAUGCGGAUGCCGAGAUGAGAGAUGCCAUGGAGGGCGUGGAGACGCAAGGCGGCGAUCAGGUCGAUGAGGAGGUCGGCGGCGAGCCGGUUGAAGGAGGCACUGUCGACGAUGUCUUUGGGGAUGAUGUCGACGAGGAGAUGGCUGAGGAGUGA